UUGAGGUAUACCUGCUGUGGCCGGCACCUGUACCUGUGGCCAAUCAGUGCCAGCGCUGCCGGGAACCUACCUGUCAGCAAAAUCCCAACACUCAAACCUCAACAUAAAUCAAACACUUCCCUGGGCAGGGAAUGUCUGUGUCAGGCAAGAAUUAGACAAGAGAGUCAGCAGAGCCUCGGUGCUGGUGCCGAUCCUUGGAGCUUGGGAGCCUGGGAGCAGGAAGAUGUCGAAUGAACUUGAAUCUGCUGGUUAAAACUGCAGAGGCUGCAGACAGAAUCUAUUCUUUGGUGCCUCUUAGGGGUUUCAGGUCUGUGAGGCUGCUGAAGAAUGACCCAGUCAACUUCCAGAAGCUCCCCUACGCUAAUGAGGAUGAGGCCUGGAAGACCUAUCUGGAGAACCCCUUGACGGCUGCCACGAAGGCCAUGAUGAGGGUCAAUGGGGAUGACGACAGCGUGGCGGCCCUGAGCUUCCUCUAUGAUUACUACAUGGGCCCCAAAGAGAAGCGGAUACUGUCCUCUAGCACUGGGGGCCGGAACGACCAAGGAAAGAGGUACUACCAUGGCGUGGAAUAUGAGAUGGACCUCGCCCCCCUUGAAAGUCCCACGCACCUCAUGAAAUUCCUGACAGAGAAUGUGUCUGGAACCCCAGAGUACCCAGAUGUGCUCAAGAAGAAUAACCUGAUGAGCUUGGAGGGAGCCAUGCCUGCCCCGGGCAAAGCAGCUCCCCUCCCCACAGGCCCCAGCAAGCUGGAAGCUGGCUCUGUGGAUAGCUACCUGCUGCCCACCAGUGAUGUGUAUGAUAACAGCUCCCUCAACUCCUUGUUUGAAAGCAUUCAUGGGGUGGCACCCACACAGCGCUGGCAGCCUGACAGCACCUUCAAAGAUGACCCACAGGAGUCGCUACUCUUUCCAGAUAUUCUGAAAACGUCCCCGGAACCUCCAUGUCCAGAGGACUAUCCCAGCCCCAAAAGUGACUUUGAAUACACCCUAGGCUCCCCCAAAGCCAUCCACAUCAAGUCGGGCGAGUCACCCAUGGCCUACCUCAACAAGGGCCAGUUCUACCCUGUUACCCUGCGGACCCCAGCAGGCAGCAAAGGCCUUGCCUUGUCCUCCAACAAAGUCAAGAGCGUGGUGAUGGUUGUUUUCGACAAUGAGAAAGUCCCUGUAGAGCAGCUGCGGUUCUGGAAGCACUGGCACUCCCGGCAGCCCACUGCCAAGCAGCGAGUCAUCGACGUGGCUGACUGCAAAGAAAACUUCAACACUGUGCAACACAUUGAGGAGGUGGCCUAUAAUGCACUAUCCUUUGUAUGGAAUGUCAAUGAGGAGGCCAAGGUGUUCAUUGGAGUUAACUGCCUCAGCACAGACUUCUCCUCCCAGAAGGGGGUGAAGGGUGUCCCCCUGAACUUGCAGAUAGACACCUAUGACUGUGGCUCAGGCCCUGAGCGCCUGGUGCACCGCGCCGUCUGCCAGAUCAAGAUCUUCUGUGACAAGGGAGCAGAAAGGAAGAUGCGGGAUGAUGAACGGAAGCAGUUCCGGCGGAAGGUCAAGUGCCCCGACUCCAGCAGCAGUGGCAUCAAGGGCUGCCUGCUGUCCGGCUUCAGGGGCAAUGAGACCACCUACCUGCGGCCUGAGGCAGACCUGGAGACUCCCCCGGUGCUGUUCAUCCCCAAUGUGCACUUCUCUGGCCUGCAGCGCCCUGGAGGGGCAGUGCCUUCAGCAGGAUACAGCAGCUCCAGCAGGCUUCCUCUGAAGCGCACCUGCUCGCCCUUCACUGAGGAGCUUGAGCCUCUGCCCUCCAAGCAGGCCAAGGAAGAUGAUCUGCAGAGAGUUCUGUUGUAUGUGCGGAGGGAGACUGAGGAGGUGUUUGACGCCCUCAUGCUGAAGACCCCAGACCUGAAGGGGCUGAGGAAUGCGAUCUCUGAGAAGUAUGGGUUUCCUGAAGAAAACAUUUACAAAGUCUACAAGAAAUGCAAGCGGGGAAUCCUGGUCAACAUGGACAACAACAUCAUUCAGCAUUACAGCAACCACGUCGCCUUCCUGUUGGACAUGGGGGAGCUUGACGGCAAGAUUCAGAUCAUCCUUAAAGAGCUGUAAGGCCAGGGCAUCCACACCUUCUGACCCCUUGGGGCAGCUGGCAAGUGGCCGCGUGCCACACACAACCUCUCCUCGUGCCUCAGUGCUGUCCCUUGAAUGCCUUCCCUCAGGGAAGAGGUCCUCGCGUCACCAACCCAGUAGGGGCCUUGGGAUGUGUUCUGACCCGAACCCCCAUCUCAUGCUUGAAUCCACUUUCUGAACCUGCUGUGAGUGCGCGCCCAGCCAGAGACGGUGCCGUCAUGGUUAACGUGCCCGACAGGCAGCUUCCUCCUCAAAGACCCUUCCUGCAGCCCAGCCCCUCCAGGCUGCCUGUUGAGAGGUGGAAGGAGACCCUCUCCCAAAGCUGACGACUUUUGUCCGGCACCUGUUAAUUCUUCCAUCAACUUCAGACAAAGGAUUUCUUACCCUUUGGUCAGAUACAUUGAAAAUUCUUGAUUUUCAGUGCAAAUGACUUUUAAAAGACAUGACAGCGAACACACUCUCUUCCUCAUGGACUUUCUCAACACAAGAUGUAAAUAAUAGAGCUGAUCAUCUGGAACCAAGUGGCUGAUGUGUAAAAUGACCUCCGUGCCUGCUCUCUGUUUAUACAUUUCUUAUUUACAAUUUUCAUUUAUGUUAUAUAUAUAUAAAUAUAUAUAUAUAUAAGUAUAUAUUGUAUAUAUAUGCAACAUUUUAUAUUUUUCAUGGAUACAUUUUUAUCAUUUCAAAAAAUGUGUAUUCCACAUUUCUUGGACUAUUUUUUUUAGCUGUUGUUCAAUUAUGCA